AGCAGCUAAAUUAAGGAGCCAGCAAUUCUACAGUGCACUCGGACGCGUGAAAGCGCGAGUAGACAAGUGGAGCGAGUUGCCAGCAGCAGGUGGCGGAGAGAGAAAAACAUGGCGGCGCGCGCCAGUGUUUGGUUCUGAUCGCUGCCAACUCUUUCGGUAAGCCGGGUGGGCUCGCGAAAUUUGGGAUGACAGUUCGCGAUAUUGCCGACACAUCGUCAUGGACGUCUCUAGCCGACAAUCAGAGAUCCUCGAGAAAUUGGAGCAGAUGCGCAAGGAGAUUGCCAAAAAGGAACGCAAGUUGCAGAAACUGAAGCGGCUGUCUGCUCAGAAGAGGUGUUGCGACAACUCCGAAAGCAGUUCGAUCGCGGUAGACGACACUCGUUCGCCGGCUUCUCUUGACCUACGGUCUCCUCUACGACCAAUUGAAACGACGCUUUCGCAAAGUGAAAUUUGCCAAUCAAAGUCGCUCCGGCCACUAGAUUCGCUAGAAAAAACCACCCACUUACGGGAAACAGUCGUUAAUUUGUGGGAAGCAGACGAAAAUGCCUGUGGACGUCGUUCGCACGGCGAUCGGACGCGAACUGAGAUCGGUGAACGCGAAACGGCUGCCAAUGCCCAAGAUGGUGAUUCUCAUCUAUCUGGUGCGUCGGCUUGUGGAAGAUCUUCGCCGUCGGACGCGCUUCCCGGACCAUCGAAGGAGGAGCGUAAACCCCCGUCGAGUGACGAUAAGUGCCGACAUUCAAGCGAAAGGUCGCCUGCGGAAAGAAGCCGCGAUUCUCCAGUACAAAUCACCUCGCACGCCUCACCAUAUCUCGUGAGCCCUGUCGACAGUGCACGUACUUCGGUCACCGAACCAAGCGUAGAUCCCGUAUCUGCAGCGUGUAGUCCUGGAAAGGAAUUGUGUUCUGCAACCAGUGUAAACAUCUUGAAACGCGAAGACGUGGCAGUGCCUAGCACGGCUGAGAGUAUUCCUGCUGAUUUUAGGUCUGGCAGUCUACGAGGUAGAGCAAAGCAACGUGGAAACCUAUCAGUGGGCCCAUUUCAACAAAGGGACAAAGAUGGCGAGCAUACUGCGAAGUUGUCACAUAUCGAAAUCAUUGGAGGUGGAAGAAGCUCCAAAGAGUCAUGUGCGACCUCUGCCUAUGUACCCGCUCCUAAUGUCCAAUGCGAUGAAAAGCAACUGAGUGUUCAGAAUGAUGUCCCACUGCUCCCCAUUCCAGACAUAGAGAGCUUGCAUGACGAGCAUGUGGAUAACUCCCAGAAAGAGAUGUUUGAAGAGCAGGAACUUUAUCUGGACAGCCAAGGCACUGAGUUUAUUUUGAACUGCCAAGGUGGCAGAGACACAGCCACUGAAGAGUCUGCAAUUGACAGCACCGAUAUGACUGAGCCUCAGUGGCAAACAACCGAAACUUCAGAUUCUGUCAGUUCCAAGUCAUGGUCUCCCAAGCGCAAGAGGCGACGGACAAUGUGUGAGUUACCAGCAUUAUCGGCUGCUGUGGACACAAAAGGCUACAAUUUUAGACGUCGAAGGCUUUCUCACAGCCCACCUGUAAUGAGACGGAUGAGCAGAGAGGCCAAGAACGUCCUGGGUGCUUUCCAAAGGCUCAUUCAACAGGCACGUCAACUACCCGUCUCUACAUUUCAGCUGCAGUUUGAUAAACUGGGCUUGCAUCAAUAUUGGGAUGCAAAGGGUGCGUCUGGCUACCAAGCAAAUCUCCAGAGGCCUGAGAAAGCGUUUCGUGGUAGCUUGCCAUCAGAAGACUGCUGUGACAAGACAGGCGUUUGCCCAGGUGCAGACCACGUUAGGGUGCGCACGAGGACUGAUAGCUCUUCGAUGCUUCAGACACCAAAGACUUCUGGGAUGUUUGAAUCGGCUUCUGUAGCUCUGUCGCUCUUGCCAGACAAGAGGACUGAAAUGCCACUGAAUGCAACAGACUGUGAAAAAAGAGAGACCCGACGUAGUUGCCGCCAGAAAGGACGACCUUCUGUUUUAUCAUGCUCUGCUCAACUGGAAAGUAUCGUGACCUCCACGGCGGCUCCUGGCGGCUGUUCCGGCAGAAGGGUGAGGUCAUUGCCCGGUACUGUUGCUCGCAGUGUCAGCAACAUGGCUGAUGACGACUGUAGUGCAGCCACUGAUGCGGAGCCAAAAGAAUCUUCUCACGCUUGUGAGCGCACAACACCGGAUGCGCAGCUGUCAGCCGCGUCACAGCUCCCAGGUGGCAGAGCUGCAGGCCGUACUGUAGUCCCACGUUUCAGAAAACAGUGUGAAAAAAUUGAGACACCAGUGUCGUCGACAUCUGUCAGUGAAGUGCCCGAGGAGGUUGAACAAAGCUCCCUGCAUGUACAGCUAAGUCGGGAAGUGUCAGGCCAAAGUGUGAACACAGCUACCAACUCCUGUGAAAUUACUGCUGUUGAAGUUCGGAACCAUACGGCAGUGGAAGUGUGUUUGCAAGACGUCGGCAGCGUGUGCAGAAACCUAAUUACUAGUCCACAAGAACCUGGAGCCCAUGUGCACCUUGUAGACACACAAAACGGUUGCAGAACUGCAAAGCGAGUGUUUACUGCUUUGCCACAUGUGCCUCGUGGCAAAGACCAGUGUUCUUCGCAGGAACUUGACACAAAUGCUCGGCAACUAGAGAACUCGUGUUGCACAGUGUCGUCCACACAGAGUGAUGUUUGCAAACCAGUCGGUUCGCAAAGUUCAGAGUGUUGCGACGGCGAGGAUGAGUUGGCAGCAGCAAGUCCAGCACACAGCAACCUGUUCACUCAGAGUGAGGAAAGUGAUGAUGCUGGAGGUGAAAUCAAUGAGUUUGUCACCACUAUUGUUCAACAGCUUGAUCCGCAGAUGAGUCAUGCUGCAGGCUGCGGGCCUGUGGAUCAGCCACAAGACAGCCAGAGUGACAGUGCAACUCCUGACAAUCUAGACCUGCCAGAAAGUCAGACACCAGAACUAGCCGGUACACCAAGGCACUCGUCACUAUCACAUGGACAACAAGAUCUGUUUGCUGAAGCCAAAAGAGGAGGACUGGGUAGCAAGGAAGAAGGUCUUGGUCACGUUGCAGAAAAUGCCAAGAGUGCCAAUUUCUCGUCUCCUUUACACGCUUCUGACAAGGCAUCGGAUCAUCCCUCAGGCGUUGCAGAACUUGCUUUUACUACUUGUGCACCAUCAUGUGGUCUUUCUGGAGAAAAAGGAAUGGGUAAUGGCAACGAAGCUGCGGAUGUGCAUUCUCAUCGCUCACCCCUUUUGUCUGCAGCUGAAACAAGGAAGGCAGAAGAAUGUACCGUCACAUGCCUACCUGGCACUGUUUCAAGGUCUGUUGCUAAGAAGCUCUUUGCUGAUGCCUCAGUUGGCAAAAAAGUCUCAGCCUCUAACGCGGACAUGUCGGCGCUGUUGGACCCGCAAGUACUGGAAGGCAUGUUUGACGAGUGGUCGGAAGAUUUCGACAGCACCGCUAGGCCUGUCAAUGCAGCAGACACGCAUGACUGUGAAAGCAUGAGUCGGAGUUGCGUCGUUGGCAUCCACAAUGAACACUCUGUUAACGACGCUUGUGGAACAAGCAGCGCACACCAUACUGCAGUCGAGAUAACACGCAGCGAACUUAACGGGCAGCAAGCGGCGGACGUGUUGUCACAGAGCUUGCAGAGACAUCAGUCAGGCGAAGAAUGCAGCACCGACAGGAAAGGCACUGACUGCCAAAACCACAGCCAGGGAACAGAAGAUGCAAAGGAAGUGAAAUGCGGCUCCCCAGAUCCUGCACUUAGGGCUAGCAUUGAGGCAGAAAAGAAGUUGCCAUCAGGAGACCAGUGUUCUCAGUCUGUUUCAAACUCUCUCGAAGCUCUUUCAGGCAUGUCAAGGUUUUCAGAUGAAGUGGAAGAAAGAGGCAUGGUGCCAUAUCCCGAAGGGGAUCAGCAGCUCAGCUGCAGAGACCUCGGCUCGCCUGCUCGGUCUCAUGGCAAGUAUGAUGGCUUGGGCGAAGACCAUGACGGAGCAGGAUGGGACAACACAGACAUUGCAUACGAAGAGCAGGGCCAAGUCGCUGCCUGUCAUCGUGGUUCCUUGCUUGGCACACGCAAUCCCCUCCUGUUCUUCUGUGAACUGAAGUGUGAGGAGGAGCAGCCCGUAACAGGCAUGCACUUGGUGCAAGCGGCAGCACACCCAUUCCUGGUGUCGGUGCAAGCGUCGGCCGUCAACGUCUGGCACCUGGAGCAGCACGGUUGGCGACACAGCCUGGUGAUGAGAAAGCUCAAGUUCUCUGUGGAAGAGGACCACUGCCUGCUGAACUGCGAUCAGUGGACUGUCCUUGUGUACCUGUGCGCCCAGACGCCCUUGCACCUGCCGUGCCUGGAGUGGCACACGCACGAUGGCCAGGAUGGGAGCCAGCUCCUGCUCACACUUGGCAGCCUUGGCAGUGCAGAUGGCUUCUCGUUGAAGAGAAGUCAGCGGAUCUAUCGUAUAGCCAAGUUAAGCCGAGAGGGCUGGUUCGCAACUGCGCUAAGGACCACAGGCGGAGCCACUCUGUUGCGCGUUCAUCGUCUGUGUCACGUGCACGGAGAACUCGGUGAUGAGACGGAUGCGCUGGGACGUACGUCAAACUUGCUUGACUCGCUCGUCGGCAUUGAAGGACAACAUGACGCACUGCUCGGGAACUCUGCCAACAUCUUUUAUGUGUGGGACUGCAACGACAGGGUGCUGGUCAAGAAGAUGAUCCACGAGCCAGAUGUGUUUGGAGACCUGCAGCACAUCUCCUGGUGCCGUUCCGACAGGGGCCUGUUGUUCGUGCUGAUGCAGUCGUUCGAUGACGUGAUGUCCACGCUGGUGACCAUGAACCCAUUUAGCUGCAAGGCUGAGGCAGUCAGCAGCUUCUCCUGGAAACUGGCUGCUAAGGCACGUGCUGGAAGCUCAAGGUCGUGUAGCAUUCACGUCGACGGUCGCUACGUGGCGUGUGUCACUCCGGGCUACGGUGUGCGGAUUUGGAACAUCUUCACCGGCAACCCCGUGGCCAACAUGUGGUAUCGCAGUUCAACAAGUGUGACAAUGGCCGAGCUCUCUGGCUCGAUGGUGGCUGCUGUUGGAUUGGAUGACGGUCGCGUGAUUGUGUUCACUUCCUAGCAAAGUGCCGCGUCUACCCCUUCAUCAUGUUGUGUCAGGCGAGAUCUGGUGACCGCUUGACCCAUCGUCCCCAAGAAGAGUUCCUAGCAUGGAUGUACUCUACCGACUGGCACCUCAAGAAUGUGUGGUCGUAGCACUCGAGUGACCUUCAUGAACAAAAGUGAACAAUUCCAAAGCUGUGCAUUCUGAUAUUUAUUUUGUAUAUAUAUAGAUAUUUGUGUAUAAGCAUUGCAUGUGUCACGUGUUGUGUACACACUCACAUUGUUGCUGUACAAAAGUUUUUGAACAAGAAUACAUGUGUGUUGUAGUCAUUGCUUGCCACAAGCUAUACAUAAACUAAAUUUAUGCCAUGUGCCUAUUUCCUUCGAACUGUACAUGUAUUUUACUGCUAUAUUUACUAUUGUUUAAAAGCGCAGCUAAGUCUGUUUUGGCCGGUACACGUAACAGGUGGCUUUACUAAAAGCAGCACUUCCUUGACAUGUGUUAACAGUUCAUUAUGAUGUCUAUUGCAUUAUAGGACAAGCAGAUCUCUGCUGACUGUUUUACCAGUUUAUAAAAACUAUGUAAACACAUUUUGUUUUUUCCUACCUGAAUGAGGAGUCAAUUGUCGACGUGGUAUGAAUAACAUACUCGAAAAGUGAUACAUGGUAGAUCGGGUGCAGCUGUCUUCUGUGGUCAUUCACCAGUGCCAAAAUUUUUUUUUAGUCUACCAAGUCACACCACAAUGAGAUUUCCGUGCAAGUGGUGAAAGUAUUCCAAAACAAACUGUUUUACAGGCAAGAGAUGAGUAUCUUGAAUUUAAAACAGCACAACAUGGGACAGCAAACAAUAGGACACACACAGCGCCAAUUUCCAGCAUUUUUUUAUCCCAAAGGAUGUUUGCUCUUUCAGGAUAAAUUGUUUGAAGUCAGUGCUGUAUGUGUUCUUUUCCCCUGUUGCACUGCUCUAUGUUCAAGAUGUUCAACCAACAAGCUGAACAUUUAAAGAGAUGAACUCCACUUUUCUAUAACUAGUCUCCUCCACGGGGUCGCAGCAUUGCCACUAAGAUAGUAGUCAGAAAAAAGAAAAUGAACCAAUGACUUGCGCACUCAUAGUGAGAUGGUAGAGUGUAGAAGAGCAUGCAUGCAUUCUUUUCUGCUUCACGCCCACUGGGAGCGUAAGCAUCAGCCUUUCAGCACCUUUCCAACAGAACCCUCUCAGAAACACUGCUGUCUUUAUACUCCAAUGGCAAUGGCUGAAACUAGGCUUCGAUACUCAAGCCGAAAUUAACGGACGAACGGUAAGCACAAAGAGGAAUCGCGAAGUGGGCAAGUUGGGAUACGUUCACGACAUUACAGCGUGGAAAGACGUGGACGCGAAAAAGUAUGGAUGAAAAGGGUGCCAUCUCUCGACUGAACAUUUUUUUAGAAACACGUGACCUCUUUAUUUAUUGGAUAAUAUGAGGAUAACAAGGUACAGGCAAGAGCCGACAAUGAAGUGCAAAAAAUGAUAAGGAAAGGAACAUUUGGGCAUACAAGUACAUUUGUUCUCAAUUCAAAGUACAUAGUGCACAAAAAAGGAAGACGUGGGAGAGGUGGGGACAUACGUACGUAGUGCUAAAUUUCAACUGCUUUAUUUCUAGCUCUAACUGCUUAGCUAUUGUAGGAAUUUAACCCUGUCUGUGCCCGAGUCUCUUGUAUUAGAAUCAAGUUUAUGGAAGUAAACAACAUAGAAAUAAAUAUACAGAGGGAGGCCCGAGAACACUUGGCUGUAGUGGGACCGCCUGUCAGAGGUUACAAACAAGAUUAGUUGCUAAAACAGCAUUGUGACUGCAGUAUACUUGGUUGCAUUAUAACACAAAAAUUACCACAUAUAUAGGCAAAACAUAUGAAAACUGUAAACAUUUAACAAUUUGCAAGAGAUAAAUGAAACUGCAUAGGAAUUACAUUAGAAAACAGUUUUUAUUUUAGAGGUACCAAGUCAUGAACAGUGGUUAAUGUAAAAUGGUAAUUGUUCCAAAUAGAUGAAGAAGAAAAGUAUGCAGUAUGUCGACCAUAACUAAUUUGUGUUAAAGGUAGCAAAACAAUUGCAUCUGACACAAAUUUAGCAGGACUACUGCUAAGAAGAACGACACAAAAUACAUUUGGCGGUGUAAAAUGAAAAACUAGGUUGAACGGGCCAGUGGCAAGACAAUAUUUCAGCAAAUGAGAAAUUGAAAAGCAUGAUAGUAAACGUUUGAAGCAAUGUAGAGUAUGUGGCUGUAUAGGAGUCAAGUGAGCAAGAUCCUUCGUCCUUGUUUUCCAUGCACUACCUACGUUGAAUUGUGCAUUACCAACUCGUCCGAACCAGUAUGCUUGUAGGCCAUUGUUACUGCAUUUUAAAUGACUGAAACGGAAAUGGGAAAGAAAGAAAAACUAGACCAUGCGCAGUCCUGUCACUUUUUUUGCCUUUGUUGUUCGCUCUGUAAAAACGGCAAACUAUUACCUGCCUAAUUUGCUUUAAGGCAGCCACACAAUGGGAAGUGCGCAUCUCAUGAUGUCAGGUAUUCCACAGAUGCACAGCAUGCGGACUGAUUAUGCAGAUUGUGUUGUCGUACUCUGGUCACCAAGCUGAGCAGGCAACAUGGCAUCAUGGGAUAGCAACCUUCCCAUUCAUGAAAGAAGCAUGGGGAAGCCUGGUUGCAGGAUUUUUUGCUUACCGUUUGUGGAAUGAUGUCUGCUGAAUACAACCCUCUUCACUAGUCCCAUUCAGAAAUCUGUUUUUCAGUGCAAGAUUCUCUCUCCAUUUUUUUUUUUUUUCAUUUUAAUAUCAACAAGUUCAUUUCAAAUGAUUCAGAACUGCACGAGGAAAACAGGGACAAAGGACACAAAAAAAAAACACGCUGGCACUGACUCUCUAUUGAUUAAACUGUGUUGGAGAAAUAACAGCCGUACAAAGGCACAGCCACAUAAACAAAAAAAAAAGCC